CGCACUGGGGGUCAUGUGAUUGAGGUUUACUAGGGGAGAGGAUGCGCCAGCAAGUGAAGGGUCGGCGGUGGGCGCUUGUUAAGACGGCUGGAUGGUAAACAAGCGAGAUCGGGCCACUUCGUGUUCUUCCAGUCAUGGAAGAGAUCAGAUCAUCUCCUGAUUACAACUGGUUCAGAAGCACAGUUUCGCUGAAAAGGAUUAUAGUAGACGAUGAUGACAGUAAAGUCUGGUCUCUGUACGACGCAGGACCCAGAAUCGUAAGAUGUCCGAUCAUUUUUCUGCCGCCUGUCAGUGGCACUUCUGACGUGUUUUUCCAGCAGAUUCUUGCACUUACCGGAUGGGGUUACCGGGUCAUAUCUCUCCAGUAUCCAGUAUACUGGGAUCUCCUGGAGUUCUGUGAUGGAUUUAGGAAGCUAUUGGACCACUUACAGCUGGAUAAGGUGCACUUAUUUGGAGCUUCUUUAGGUGGCUUUUUGGCGCAGAAAUUUGCAGAAUACACACACAAAUCACCCAGAGUGCAUUCUCUAAUUCUGUGCAAUUCCUUCAGCGACACUUCCAUCUUUAACCAGAGCUGGACAGCCAACAGUUUUUGGUUAAUGCCUGCAUUUAUGCUCAAGAAGAUUGUUCUUGGGAAUUUUGCAACGGGACCAGUGGAUUUAAAAAUGGCAGAUGCUAUUGAUUUUAUGGUUGACAGGCUGGAGAGUUUGGGUCAGAGUGAACUGGCCUCUCGUCUGACUCUGAACUGCCAGAACUCUUACGUGGAGCCCCACAAGAUAAAGGACAUUGCUGUGACCAUUAUGGAUGUGUUUGACCAGAGUGCACUUUCACACGAAGCUAAAGAGGAAAUGUAUAAGCUGUAUCCAAAUGCCAGACGAGCGCACCUUAAAACAGGUGGAAACUUCCCAUACCUUUGCAGGAGUGCGGAAGUUAACAUUUACAUACAAAUUCACUUGCGCCAGUUUCAUGGCACAAGAUAUGCAGCCAUCGAUCCAGCUAUGGUCAGUGCAGAAGAGCUGGAGGUUCAGAAAAUCAGUCUGAACGGUGCCAGGGACAGCGACGAAGAGAAAUAGCAAGGAGAAGUAUCCUGGACGUGCCAGUCUGUCUGGGAGUCACAAGGCUGGUGGAGCACUGAUAUCCACUGGGCUUUAUCAAGACAUCUACCAAUCAAUAUUCUUUUCUAAAGGUAUUCCGUUUUCUAGACUAGUGUUCUGUCUGUUUUUUUAAGAAGAUGAAUAGUCAUAAAAACAACAGCAUCUAAAAAUGGACCAUAUUUUUACUUUGCAGAAAAAAAUAAAAAAAUUAGAAAUCAUUGCUACUGUAAAUAAAUCUAACUUGAUAAUUAUACAA